GGGAGCAGAGAGAAAGAGGGAAGUCAUGGCGCUGCUCUUCGUCGCCCUCCGCGUGGUCUUGGGCCUUUUCUUCGUGAUCACCGGAGCCGUCAAGCUGACCGAUCAGAUUUCGAGCGAAGUUUACCGGCAGAUGAAAUCCCAGUUUGUGCAGUUUGCUGAUGUUUUCCCCUUGAAGGAGUUUGGCUACAAGCCAGAGCCAGGCCGGUACCUCGAAGUGGUGGGCUGGACAGAAGUGGUGGCUGGUUUACUCUUGGCCUUUGGGCCACAGCUGUUGCAAGAGAUCAGCAACUUCGUCCUUACUAUCAUCAUGAUAGGUGCCAUCUAUACCCUCUUGGUUUUGAAAGAAUCCAUUGCCAUGUGCACCCCCGCCACUGUUUGCCUGGGUCUUCUGCUUCUCCUGAACAUCCGGGGAAGGGGGGGAAGUGCCAAGUCCAAGUUUGAGUGACAGGAAAUCAGCUUGGAGGGAAAGGAAGGAGGGAUUGGAAAUGAUGCUGCCGGGUUUUUUGAUGGCAUACUUGUGUUUCUGUUGUCCUGUUCUCUCUAUUGUGAUCUAAUUCCCUUAAACAUGCUAAUGAGAUAAGUUGCA